GCAGGACUACGGAGGGCAUUCUGACACUGGGGGGAACUGACUAACUGUCACUGAUAUCCCCAGUGACAUCAAUACAGUGAUCAGUGCUAAUAAAAAGCACUGACGCUGUACUAAUGGCACUGGUCAUGAAGGGGUUAACAUCUGGGGCAAUCAAAGGGUUAAUUGUGUGCUUUUUUUUUUUUUUUUUACUAUGUGCCAUGUGUCUGUUUCACUGCAUAAGCACAUUGCUUUGUAUGGCUCUGCUAUGCAGAGUCAUACAAAGCAAUGUGCAGGAGCUGACAGGGGAGAGAUCUGUAUUGUUUACAUAUAGGUCUCUCCCUUAAAUGCAAAAUCA